AUGUUAAGACAAUUGGGUACUACUAGGAUCCUUUUACCAAAUUUACGACCAAUACGUUAUAUAACUAUGCCUCCAGCAACACCAUCAUCAUCAUCAUCAUCAUCAUCAUCAUCAGCAAGAGAAAAUAAUGUCAGUAAAGGUAGGAAACAACAGGCUACUUUGGGAAGAUUCUUCUCUUCAAUAAAUCACAAGAAACCUACAAAGGAUACUGCACUCAAAAAUGAAAGUAAAGAAGAAACAAAGGAAGAAAACAAGGAUGAUUCCGACUCAAUUCCACGAAAAAAAAUACGUUUAUCAACAUCUUCUUCUUCUCCAAGUAUAAUGGCAGAAAGUAAACCCAAAUCACCAAUAAAAUUAAAUACUGAACGCUCAUCCUCCCCUGCAUCAGCAUCAGCAUCGACUACACCAACACCAAUCGUAGCAGAUCACACAUUAGACCCUAAGACUGCCGUAAGUAAGCCAUUUUUAUGUGCCAUCCCAUAUAAAGAAGUUUGCCAAUUAUUCCAAGAAAUAGAAACUACAUCCUCCCGUCUCUCCAUAAUCAAACUAUGUUCAGACUUUUUAAUCAAGAUAAUGAAACAAGACCCACAAAACUUGAUCCCCGUAACGUAUCUAUUCAUUAACAAAUUAGGACCAGACUAUGAACCUGGUCUUGAAUUGGGUCUCGGGGAAGGAUUACUCAUGAAGACGAUUAGUGAAUCAUGUGGGAAAUCAUUGACACAAAUUAGAGCACAAUAUAGAGAAUUAGGUGAUUUGGGUCAGAUUGCGUUGGAAGCUAGGAAUGUACAACCUACUAUGUUUAAACCAAAACCAUUGACUGUAGGGGAAGUUUUCAAUAAUUUGAAAAUGAUUGCAAAGGCUGCGGGGAAAGAUAGUCAGACUAAGAAGAUUAAAUUGAUUAAGAGGAUGUUGACAGCUUGUGAAGAUGGUGUGGAGGCCAAAUUUUUGAUUAGAUCUUUGGAAUCUAAAUUGAGAAUUGGGUUAGCCGAGAAGACUGUCUUGAUUUCAUUAUCUAAAGCACUGUUAGUUAAAGAAUUUGAUGCUAAUAAGGAUUUUGAUAUGGAAUUAUUGGAAACUGCUGAGGGGAAAAUUAGAGACGCAUUUUGUCAAGUACCCAAUUAUGAAAUUGUUAUUAAUUCUUGCCUUCAAUACGGGAUUAUGAACUUGAAUGAACAUUGUUCCUUAAGACCUGGGAUCCCAUUAAAACCUAUGUUGGCUAAACCAACAAAGGCAAUUAAUGAAAUCUUGGAUAGAUUUCAAGGUGAAACUUUUACUUCAGAAUAUAAAUAUGAUGGUGAGAGAGCUCAAGUACAUUUAUUGGAAGAUGGGACUAUGAGGAUCUAUUCUAGAAAUGGUGAAAAUAUGACUGAAAGGUAUCCUGAGAUUCAUAUUGGUGAUUUCGUUAAAGAUAGGAAUGAAACAAAGACUUUGAUCUUGGAUUGUGAAGCUGUUGCAUGGGAUAAAGAACAACAAAAGAUAUUACCCUUUCAAGUAUUGAGUACAAGAAAACGUAAAGAUGUGUUAGCGAAAGAUGUGAAAGUAAGAGUUUGUUUAUUUGCAUUUGAUAUUCUUUGUCAUAACUCUAAUAAAUUGAUAAACUAUAGUUUAAAGGAAAGAAGAGAGAUACUACAUAGGGUGACUACUCCCGCACCCGGAGAAUUUCAAUACGCUACCGAAUUAACCACAUCUAAUUUAGAUGAAUUACAAAAAUUCUUAGAUCAAUCCGUAAAUGAUUCUUGUGAAGGCUUAAUGGUUAAGAUGCUUGAAGGUGAAGAAUCACAUUACGAACCAAGUAAAAGAUCUCGUAAUUGGUUAAAAUUGAAGAAAGAUUAUCUAGAAGGUAUAGGAGAUUCAUUAGAUUUAUGUGUCCUAGGUGCAUAUUAUGGUAGAGGCAAAAGAACAGGUACAUAUGGUGGGUUUUUACUUGGUUGUUAUAAUGAUAAUACAGGUGAAUUUGAAACAUGCUGCAAAAUUGGUACAGGGUUUUCAGAUGAGAUGUUACAACAAUUACACGAGAAAUUGAAAGCAACGGUUAUCGAUGGUCCAAAGGCCACCUAUAUUUAUGAUUCUAGUGCUGAACCAGACGUAUGGUUUGAACCAUCUUUAUUAUUCGAAGUGCUAACGGCAGACCUUUCACUAUCACCUAUCUAUAAAGCAGGGAGCUCAGCAUAUGAUAAAGGUGUGUCAUUGAGAUUCCCAAGAUUCAUUCGUAUUAGAGAAGACAAAGGUGUAGAAGAUGCAACAUCAUCAGAACAAAUUAUCGAACUGUAUGAGAAUCAAAGUCAUAGAUCAAGUUAG